UUCAUAUAUCCAAAUUUUAUUACAAAAAUAAUAAAUUCAAAUGGUCCUAGAUAAUUUCUCCUAGCCCCCCAAAAAAUAGAAAUUAAAGUUUGUGCAACUUGAAAAAAAUUUGUAGUUCCUUCAUAGAUAGCAGGUCGAUCGCUAAGCUCGCAUUUUUAUUGGCCCUCUUAAAUUAUAAUUGUCCAAUCGUAAGAUAUACGUGUAUCAACUGUGAUAUUUUGAAUUGUUUUGAAGCAGCGUCAACUACAGUUGCUCUAUAGAAAGAUUGAACAACUUACUAACGUUCUGAUCGCAUAGAAAUCAUCUAAAUGUGAAAGUUCAUACAUUUUUCAUUAUUAUAUACAUAAAUACUUAUUUUCUCAGAAAUUUAUCAAGAAAUUUUGUAGUUAAACAAUAAUUAAAAAAAAAAAAUGGUUCCACGAAAAUCGGUACUUGGACAAAUCAAAUCAAAUGGUAAUACUAGAUUAUUAAGACAAGGAAUUUCAACGAGAAGUCAAAAUGUAAAAAUCAAUAAUUCAAAUAUAAAACAACCAAUUAUUAACAAAGAUAAUCGAGGUAAAAGAAAAGCAGAAGGAUCACCGUUGAAAGAUAAAACUGUUAAAAGAUCUGCGUUAGGAAAUAUUACUAAUGCCAUUGGAAAACAAUUAGGAACACAACAACAACAACCUGAACCAAAGAAAGUAGUUAAAAAAGUUGCUACUAAAACUAAAGCACGUAUUCUAACUAAUGAAAAUAAAGUUGUAACAGAGAAAAUAUUUCCGAAACAAGAUGUAGCACCAGUAACUAAAUUAAAGCCAGUACGAGUAAAAAUAGUUAAACAUGAUGAAGAAGAAAAUAAAAUAAUUAAUAAUAAUGUAAAACCUAUUAGGCCUAGCUUAGAAUCCGAAAAAUCAUCUGAGGAUAGCUCGUUAUAUAUGAGUGCAUUGGAAGAAUCAGAAAAUAGUAUUAAAAAAUCUGAGAGAGUAAAUAACAAGGCUGAUAUAAAUGAAAAAAAUGAAAAUGAACAAAAUGAAAUUGAGAAAAAUGAAAUAAACGCAAAAUUAAAUAUUGACGAUACUACGAAAGAUAAAGUAGAAAUACCGUUUAUUCUCACUACAAAACAUUUGGAUCCUAUACCCGAAAGGAUAUUACCGGAAGGCGUAGAAUGGGAUUUUGACAUAGAAAAUUGGUUAGAUCCAUUUCAAGUAUCACAGUAUGCUAUGGACAUUUUUAAUUAUUUAAAGGAUCGAGAAUGUUUAUUUCCUAUUGGUGAUUAUAUGGAAAAACAAGUAUGCCUUUCACGUUGGAUGCGAUCACUUUUAGUAGAUUGGAUGGUUGAAGUGCAAGAAUCAUUUGAACUCAAUCAUGAAACUUUAUAUUUGGCUGUGAAAUUAGUGGACCUUUAUUUAACAAAAGUCACAGUUGGUACGGAGACUUUACAACUUUUAGGCGCUUCCAGUCUUUUUAUAGCCAGUAAAUACGACGAAAGGAUACCUCCAAUGGUUGAAGAUUUCUUGUAUAUAUGUGACGGCGCUUAUACGCAAAGAGAACUUAUAAAAAUGGAAAUAAGUGUUUUAAAAGUAAUAGAUUUUGAUUUAGGCAUACCUCUUUCAUAUAGAUUUCUUAGGCGAUACGCUAGGUGUGGAAAAGUAUCAAUGCCAACGUUAACUCUGGCUCGAUUUAUCUUGGAAUAUUCAUUGAUGGAUUAUUCGACCAUUAGGUUUAGUGAUAGUAAACUGGCAGCGUCUGCACUUCUACUUGCACUUCAAAUGAAAGAUUUAGGUGGAUGGACUCCAACUUUAGAAUAUUAUAGUGGUUAUAAAGUUGAUGAUCUACGAAAUAUUGUCUAUGUUUUAAAUGAAGGAUUACAUAGAAAACAUAAAGAAGCAUUAGUAACAAUUCGCAAUAAAUACAGUCAUAAGAUAUUCUUCGAAGUAGCAAAACUGCCAUUAAAAGAUACACUAGAUAUUUAAAUACUUUUAAUAAACGUUUAAAUGUAGAUAGAGAUAUUCCUAUAAUUAUUCCAAAACACAUAAAUUUGAUUAACUGUUAUUAGUUGAUCUUAUGCGUAAGCAAAAAUGUUAUCAUAAUCAACUCACAUGCAUUAACGUUCAGAUCAUAAUGAUUGAACACAGUUUAUAUAAGGAUAGGAAAAAAAGAUAAUAUUUCGGUGUAAUUUUAAUUACUAUUGUGAAAUGUAAAAAUAGUUUAUAUUGAUGAAUGACAUAGAAGCUCAAUUAAUGCUUCGCAUAAAAAUUAUCUUCUAAAAGUCAAUACAAAUAAUCUUCGUUAUGCAUCUGCCUGUUUUUUUUUAUUAUUAUUAUUAUAUUAUUAUUAUUAUUAUUAUUUAUAGUAAACAAUAUCUUCUUUAUCGUCCUAUACCACGAUUUAUUUUAUAAUUUUUUGUUAACAAAAAAAAAAUUUAUUUUAACGUCACACUUUUUUACUUCCAGACAAUGUUUAUAACACAAAGUGUUUUAAAAUAUGAAAAGAUUGAGAUGUGCAUCAUUUAUUUAUUAUUAUUAUUAUUAUUAUUAU